AUGGCGAACUUACAAGUUUCUGGGAUUAUUGAAAAGAUGACUGGGAAAGAUAAAGACUAUAGAUAUAUGGCAACCUCUGAUUUGCUCAAUGAGUUGAAUAAGGAUUCCUUUAAACUCGACACGGACUUGGAGAUAAGAUUGUCGAGCAUCAUACUGCAACAGCUUGAUGAUGUGGCUGGUGAUGUUUCUGCAUUGGCUGUUAAAUGUCUUGCUCCAUUGGUGAAGAAGGUAGGAGAAGAACGAAUUGUGGAGAUGACCAACAAGUUAUGUGAUAAACUGGUGCGUGGGAAAGACCAACAUCGUGAUACCGCAAGCAUAGCUCUCAGGACUGUUGUCGCUCAAGUUGCUCCUUCGCUUGCUCCAUCUAUUCUUGUUACUUUAACCCCACAAAUGAUCGGAGGGAUAAGUGGCCAGGGAAUGAGCACGGGGAUAAAGUGUGAAUGUCUCGAGAUCAUGUGUGAUGUUGUUCAAAAAUAUGGAACUUUAAUGGCAGAUGAUCACGAGAAGCUACUGAACACAUUGUUAUCGCAAUUGGGCUGUAACCAAGCCACAGUCAGGAAGAAGGCUGUCACAUGCAUUGCAUCUCUUGCUUCCAGCCUGUCUGAUGAUUUGCUCGCGAAGGCAACGGCUGAAGUUAUAAAAAAUUUGAGGAAAAAGAAUGCGAAAUCGGAGAUUACUCGCACCAAUAUUCAAAUGAUUGGAGCUUUAAGUCGUGCCGUUGGAUACCGGUUUGGGACUCAUCUUGGAAACACUGUUCCAAUAUUGAUCAAGUACUGUACCAGCGCUUCAGAAAACGAUGAGGAGCUUCGCGAGUAUAGCUUACAGGCACUUGAGAGUUUCCUGCUUCGGUGUCCAAGGGACAUCUCACCAUAUUGUGAUGAAAUUUUAAAUCUCACUUUGGAAUAUAUAAGCUAUGACCCGAAUUUCACCGACAACAUGGAUGAAGAUACUGAUAAUGAGACUCUUGAAGAUGAAGACGAUGAGGAAAGUGCAAAUGAAUACACGGAUGAUGAGGAUGCCAGCUGGAAAGUUAGGAGAGCAGCGGCAAAAUGCUUAGCAGGACUAAUAGUUUCUCGUUCUGAGAUGAUCUCUAAAGUAUAUCAAGAGGCAUGCCCGAAACUGAUUGAUAGAUUUAAGGAAAGGGAGGAAAAUGUGAAGAUGGAUAUUUUCAACACAUUCAUUGAUCUGUUACGGCAAACAGGAAAUGUGACAAAAGGUCAAGCUGACACCGAUGAAUCAAGUGCAAAGUGGUUACUGAAGCAAGAAGUCUCAAAAAUUGUGAAAUCCAUAAAUAGGCAACUGCGCGAAAAGUCUGUUAAGACUAAGGUUGGUGCAUUCUCUGUGUUGAGGGAACUUGUGGUUGUCCUGCCUGACUGCCUUGCUGAUCAUAUUGGUUCACUUGUUCCUGGAAUUGAAAGAGCGCUAAAUGAUAAAUCGUCUACUUCAAACUUGAAAAUCGAAGCUCUUGUCUUCACAAAAUUAGUCUUGGCAUCACAUGCGCCUCCUGUUUUUCAUCCUUACAUCAAGGCACUUUCUAGUCCUGUUUUAGCUGCUGUUGGUGAACGCUAUUACAAGGUGACUGCUGAGGCAUUAAGGGUUUGUGGGGAACUUGUCAGAGUAGUACGUCCAAGUACUGAGGGUAUGGGCUUUGAUUUUAAGCCAUUUGUUCAUCCAAUCUACAGUGCAAUAAUGUCUCGCUUGACAAAUCAAGAUCAGGACCAGGAGGUCAAGGAGUGUGCUAUUACCUGCAUGGCUCUAGUUAUUUCAACAUUUGGCGAUCAACUCAGAGCAGAGCUACCUUCAUGCCUUCCUGUGCUUGUUGACCGAAUGGGAAAUGAAAUCACUCGCCUCACAGCAGUAAAGGCAUUUGCUGUCAUUGCCACUUCUCCGCUGCACAUUGAUCUCUCAUGUGUCUUGCACCAUUUGAUUGCUGAACUAACUGGAUUCUUAAGGAAGGCUAAUCGGGUUCUAAGGCAAGCAACACUUAUUACUAUGAAUACCUUGGUAACUGCCUACGGUGAUAAGAUUGGUUCAGAUGCUUAUGAAGUUAUUCUUGUGGAGCUCUCAUCUUUGAUAAGUGUUUCGGACCUGCACAUGACAGCUCUUGCACUUGAACUCUGCUGCACUCUGAUGACUGGAAAGAGUUGUAGUGAAAAUAUAAGUUUGGCGGUUCGCAACAAAGUUCUUCCGCAGGCACUCACUUUAGUUAAAAGCCCAUUGCUCCAGGGUCAAGCACUUUCGGCUCUGCAAGGAUUCUUUGAAGCUCUGGUGUAUCAUGCGAAUACGAGUUUCUACACCUUGCUGGACUCAUUACUUUCUUGUGCUAAGCCGUCUCCUCAGUCUGGAGGUGUCCCAAAGCAGGCAUUAUAUUCCAUUGCACAGUGUGUGGCGGUUCUUUGCCUCGCGGCGGGUGAUCAGAAUUGUUCGUCUACAGUUAAAAUGCUUAGGGAAAUCCUUAAAGAUGACAGCGGCACAAACUCCGCAAAACAACAUCUCGCCCUGUUAUCUCUUGGUGAGAUUGGGAGGAGGAAAGAUCUGAGUGCGCACACUGGCAUUGAAACAAUCAUCAUCGAGUCUUUCCAGUCUCCGUUUGAAGAAAUAAAGUCUGCAGCUUCUUAUGCUCUGGGAAAUAUUGCUGUUGGCAAUCUAUCCAAUUAUUUACCUUUCAUCUUGGACCAGAUUGAUAAUCAACAGAAAAAGCAAUAUAUUCUCCUUCAUUCGCUCAAGGAGGUUAUUGUGAGACAGUCUGUUGAUAAAGCGGAUUUCCAGAAUUCCAGUGUUGAGAAAAUACUUAAUUUACUGUUUAACCACUGUGAAAGCGAGGAAGAGGGUGUAAGGAAUGUUGUUGCUGAAUGCUUGGGAAAAAUGGCGUUGAUAGAACCUAAGAAACUGGUUCCUGCACUUAAGGUAAGGACGACGAGUCCAGCGGCUUUUACUCGUGCAACUGUUGUUACAGCGGUGAAAUAUUCUGUUGUGGAAAGGCCGGAGAAAUUAGAUGAAAUCAUCUACCCUGAGAUUUCUUCAUUCCUCAUGCUGAUCAAGGAUGGUGACAGGCAUGUCAGGCGUGCAGCUGUCUCAGCUUUGAGUACUUUUGCUCAUUAUAAACCAAACCUUAUUAAAGGACUCCUCCCCGAAUUGCUACCGCUUCUUUAUGAUCAAACCGUUAUUAAGAAAGAUUUGAUAAGAACGGUUGAUCUAGGACCAUUCAAGCACGUCGUUGACGAUGGGCUUGAGCUGAGGAAAGCAGCUUUCGAGUGUGUAUUUACUCUUCUCGAUAGCUGUCUUGACCAAGUGAAUCCGUCUUCUUUCAUUAUCCCUUUCCUCAAAUCCGGACUAGAAGACCAUUAUGAUCUGAAGAUGCUUUGUCAUCUUAUAGUCUCUCUACUAGCGGAUAAAUGCCCCUCAGCGGUACUAGCUGUACUGGAUUCUCUCGUGGAGCCACUGCAAAAGACGAUAAGCUUCAAGCCAAAGCCAGAUGCAGUGAAGCAAGAGCAUGACCGAAAUGAAGACAUGAUCAGAAGCGCUCUUCGUGCUAUAUCAUCGUUGGAUCGUAACAGUGGAGUGGAUUAUAGCCACAAGUUCAAGAGCUUAAUGGCUGACAUGAAGAGGUCUUCACCAUUGUGGGAGAAGUAUCAGGCGAUCCGCAGCGAGUAA